AUGAGUCAUUUGCUCAGAACUGAAAAUGCCUCAGGACCUAGGGAAGCAGCAAAGGAAACCCAAGGCCACUCACAGCUCCAUUUCAGUAACCCAGCAGGAAACCAGCUGAUGGAGUUCAGCCUUCAAAUUGCUUCCCAGAAGCAAGUCGAGAUCAGCAGGCACUGCCACUGCAAAAAAUUUUUAUCACCUCCAGAGAAGCUCAUUUCUGGGAUCCUGGGCAUCAUCUGGUUUGCCUUAUUGGUCGCCUUGGUGAUAACAACCAGAGUUGUCUCUCCAUAUUCUGAAGCAAAGGCACAGAUCAACUCCUCCCUGACUAGAACCCAGAAAGGUACACCUCAUAAUAAUCUUUCUCCAUCACAUCCUUGUGAUCAUUGUCCAAAAGGGUGGGUAUCAUAUUCUCACAAUUGUUAUUACAUUGGUGUGGAGAAAAAAACUUGGAAUGACAGUUCAGUGUCCUGCACUUCCAAAAACUCUACUCUGCUUUACAUAGAUAGUGAAGAGGAGAAGGCCUUUCUGCAAUCUCUCUCACAGGUCUCUUGGAUUAGAGUCUUUAGGAAGAGAAGAGAUCAACUCUGGGUUUCGAAAAAAGACUCAACCUUCAAACCAAAGAUGAAAGAGUUUUCCUCCAUGGAAGGUAACUGUGUCAUGCUGUCAUCUUCUGGCCUCACAACAGAUGACUGUACAGCUUUACAUACAUAUCUUUGUGAGCGUAAUUUUAACAACUAA